AUGGUAGCUUCGGAGGUGAAGGCGGAAGAACAACAGGAGACCGUUGACGAGCAAAAGCCAGAAUUGGUUGAAACAAAGGAAAUUCAACCUGGGCCCGAUGGUGAUGUGAAGACAACGCCUGCGAUAGAGAAAUUAGAUCUGACUGAAGCGGAUCCACCGAAGCCUGUGGACGAACCUGUGCCCAGUGUUUCUGGCACAGACGCUGUCAAGACGGAGGAUGCGGCGGUAGCGGAAGCCAAGCCCUUGGAGUCUGCCGAGCCAAAAUUGAGUGCAGCGGAAGUGGAGGCGAAGAUCAAGCCCGACGAGAAGCCUGCCGAAGUCAAGCCCAAGGAGAAAACCGAGCUCACAAAGGUUGAUUUCGCGAAGGAAGCGAAGAAUCGGGUAAAGCUCUACGUUCUCUGCGACCAGAAGGUUUGGGACGACCGGGGCACUGGACACGUCACCUGCGUCACGUCUCCUGAACAACCCAACGCUUCGUUCAUCGUUGUGCAGCUGGAGACGGCAGGGCAGAAGAAGAACGUGCUGGAGUCGCGGAUACUGCAGGAGACUGCCUACCAGAAGCAACAGGAGACGUUGAUAGUGUGGUCCGAAUCCGAGAACUGCGAUCUGGCGCUGUCCUUCCAAGAGAAGACGGGCUGCGAGGAGAUCUGGGCGAAGAUUUGCGAGGUGCAAGGCCGAGACCCUGACGAUGGCUACGACGAUAUUGAUGAAGAAGCGUCAGAUCCCGGCCAGCACAACCCAACUCUAAUGACGGCCCGCACGAACACCAUUGCCUUGCCGCCGUGCGAGAUGUCGAGACUUGGGGAGAUCGAGCUGCUGCUCAGCAACAAUCUGCAAACGCCGGCCAUCCGUGACCGCAUGGCGAACACGAUUGAGCUUGAAGAAUACAUCCCAAAGCUGUGCGACGUGUUUCGGAUGUGCGAGGACGUCGAGAAUCUGGACGGCUUGCACCAGAUGUUCAACAUUGUACGCCAUCUCUUCCACCUCAACCGGAACAGCAUCAUCGACCGGCUGUUCGCCAAAGAGCACCUUCGUGAGGUCCUCGGGAUGCUUGAAUACGAUCAAUCCAAGGAAGAACCCCGCAAGCACAGGGAAUUCAUUUUCGAGAAGACGCACUUCAAGAACAUCCUCAACAUCGAACAAGAAGAUUUGAAGGACAAAAUUCGACACGCGUACGUCGUUCAAUACGUGCAAGACGUGUGCUUCCCCGCCCCGUCGAUCUUCGAGGAGAACCUGCUGACCGUGCUGAACAGCCACCUCUUCUUCCAUCGUGUUGAGAUCGUCUCCUUGCUUAUGGAAGAACGCGUGCUGCGUAGCCUGUUCACGGAGCUGAAGGACGAAGCGUGCACCGUCGCGAGACGAGCCGAACUUGUCAAAUUCCUGCGCGAACUCUGCUCCUUCUCCCAGGCGCUGACGAACAGCGGGCCGAACAGCCGCGAGGCCUUCUUCAAGACGCUGAUGCACAACGACGUCCUGGCCACCAUCGAGCCCUCGCUGAAAUCGCCGCACGUCGAGACGCGCAACACGAUCGUUGAAGUGCUGGGGAUGCUCGUCGAAUUCAGCCCGCACACCAUCCGCGAACACAUCAUCAGUCAAGCAAAGAACAGCACCGACGAAAACGUCUUGCUGAAUCUGCUGAUCUGCCACAUGCUCAAUGAUCGGGAUGCGGAGUUGUCGAGUGCCGAGCAAGUAUUCCAGGCUCUUCGCACGAUCAUCGACCCGGACAACAUGGGGGCGAACAAGACGGAGCGCGGCGAAUUCCUGGUCUUCUUCUACCGCCGCUGCAUCAACACCGUGGUGAAGAAGUUGUUCGAGAACGUGGAAGGCGGGAAGCUAGUGAAAGAUGAUUACUACACGGCCAGCGUCUCGCAUAUGGUGGUGCGUCUCCUCUGCUUCUGCGUCGAACACCACGCGUUCAACGUGCGCCAAUGGGCCCUCGGCGUGGGGUUGAUCGGCAAAGUGAUCAUCAUGCUACAAAGUCGACACCAUCUCCUUGUCUUGGGCACCCUGCGGUUCUUGAGAAGUAUUUGCGCUUUGAAGGACUCGUUCUUCACCCAGGAACUCAUCAAGCACAACACCAUCGCGGCGAUCGUCCGCUGUUUGCUUGCGAAUGGACCCCGUUACAAUCUACUCAAUUCUGCCAUCAUCGAAUUCUUUGAUUUCAUGAGACAGGAGGACAUGCGCACGCUGAUCAAAGUGUCGAUCGAGAAGCACUGGGAGGAGCUGCAGCACAUCACCUAUGUGAAGGUGUUCAAGAAUUUGAAGAACAGGUAUGAGCAACAUCAAGAAAAGGGCCCAGUGCGCAACGAUUCGUUGAAGGAAAACCAGGAGAUGAACAAGGCGGCGAAGGAGCGCCUCUUUGACGAUGAUGAUCAAUGGUUCUCGCAAGAUGACGACGAUCAAGAACAGAACACCGUGCCCAGCAGCCAGCCAUCGUUCUCGGGCGUUGGUGCGCCGCCUGCAAGGAAGACGGCCGUUGAGCCGAGCUUUCCAUCAGUGAUGCGGAACAGAUUCGGAGAAGAGGAUGACGAAGAAGAUGGCGCCGUGUUCUCUUCCUCGUUGCUCAGCCAGAAAAAGCCGAACAUGAUCAGAAUCUUGCCGUCGCCGAAUCGCUCGCCCAACUCGACAGCCAACGCAGGUGCCGAGCGUAGCCGCUCCCCAUCGUCCGCUCAAAACUCUGGCGUCGAGGAGGUCUCUAGCAGCAACGGUUCCGCCACCAUCAAACUGCCCAACUCGCCCGUAUCCACUGCACUAAAGACGCUCUCUGAGUACGGCGAUUCGGAUUCUGACGAGGAUGAUGUGUCGUCGGGCAGCAGCAGUCGGGAAGGCGAGGUCUCUUCAACCAGCCGCGAUGACGAGGGCUCAUCCCCGUCACCAUCGGCUGAGGAUCCCGCGACUCCGGAGAACCCGUUGAAGCGUCGACGCACCGAAUCUCCGAACGGACAGAGCAGCCCAAACGAAGCUGAACACGCCAUGACCACCUUGCUCGCAAAGGAGCCGCUGGAGAAAAAGGCUCGUGCAUCACCAUCGCCUCCACCCGUCGGCGUCGCCACGAAGUUCGUGCAGAGCCCCACGGUCACCGUCAAGGAUUCGGCUGCAGCACCAAAGACUGAU